AUGGAAGUAAUUGAGGGGUCUUAUCGUGUAUGUGCGGGGAAGACUAGCGCCGCGGAGGAUGUCGCAUACUACGCACGGGAUGUGCAAAUGGGGGAGAAACUCCUCCGCGAGGUCUGGACUACUUUCUCGACUAAGGAAACAAGAUUUUCCCGGCCAGAUAACUGGGUGUCCGGAAAAGAAGAUUUAGUCACCGGAUUGAGUUCUCGCUUUCCGGCUCGCUCCCCGAAACCACCGUCCUACGACGAUGUAAUCCAUGAUCUCCCUCCCGAAUACGCUGCAUUGCCUCCGCUCGCGCAGCGCAGAUCGACACCUGUUUCCCUCCUGCCAAAGCCUCGUGAAAACUCGCGUGAUCCGUCAUCGUCGCUGCCGAAAGAUCGAAUGCUAGAUGUACGAGUUGAUUUUGGGAAUACUACGGGUAUUCGGGAACAUAAGAAGAAAAAGCCAGCAGGAAAGAAAGCAGCACCACCUCCGACUCCCUCUCCUCCACCGCCGCCACCGGCAGGCGGGGCUGGUGGAGACGACGACAAAUCCAACGGUGAUGGUGGUGCCGGUGGGGCUGGUGGAGAUUCAGGCGGCGCUGGAGGCGGCGAUGGAGGUGAUGGGGGUGAUGAUUGGGGUGAUUGGAAUGUGAGCGGAAAGAAGGAUAAGAAGAAGAAAUUAGAGGAGGAAGAGGAAGAAAGAAAAGCCAAGGAAGAGGAAGAAAAAAAAGCUAAGGAAGAGGAAGAACGAAAGGCCGCUGAAGCCUCUGUUGCCAAAGAUCUUAGCUGGGCCGAGGAUGGGGGCGAUGACUCGUGGGCUGCCUUCACGAAUGUAGGAAAAAAGAAGAAGAAGGGGAAGGACGAGAUUGCACCUCCUGGGGGGUUCCAAGACAUAAGUCUGAAUGACGGGGCACCGCAAUUGGACUUGAAUUUCGAUAGUCCAGCCCCUAAGACCGGGGGGACUGGGUUUAGUUUCGGAGGAUGGGGCAAAGCCUGGACUACUAGCAAGGUUGACCCUCCUCCCAAUGACGAAUCCAAGGACAACAACCCCUGGGGAGCAACCCCAAAGAAGAAGACGUCAGAGACUGGCGAAUUUGAUUUUGACUUAGGAUCUGCACCGCCUGAAACCAAGCAAGAAGAUGAUUGGGGAGGAGGUUGGGAUGCGAGCAAAGACAAAAUGAAGGAGACUGAGCCCGAACCCGAAGCGCCUGCGCCUCCGGCUCCGCCUGCACCCAGAGUCGAUUUCACGAAGGAAGCAUGGUUUCUAAAUCUGCCAAAGAGAGAGCAACGUAAAACGAAGAAGGAGAUGGAGAAGAAAUGGAAAGAGGAGGAUGAAGCUGCAGCAAAGGAGGCAGCAGAGCAGGAAGCAGCAAGGGCUGCUGAAGCUGAGGCAGCGGCAGCGGCAGCGGCAGCAGCAGCGGCAGCAGCGGCUGUACCUGAACCCGGACCUGAACCUGAACCGGUGGCCGAGGAAAUCGAGGAACCAGCCGAGGCAGAUACUGGCUGGGGUUGGGGUCUUUCAAUGAUAACCAAAGAUAAGAAGAAGAAGAAGAAGAUUGACCUCUUAGCUGAUCCGGUGCCUGUCAUCGAUGAACAACCGGCGAAAGCAGAAGAGCCAGUUGAUCCCUUUGCCGCUUGGGGAGUUACAUCGAAGGACAAGCAGAAAAGCAAAGGCAAAGCCGAACCAGUACCUGAGCCAGAACCCAUUCCGGAACCUGAACAUGAGCCCGAGCCCGAGCCCGAACCUGAACCAGAGCCUGAACCCGAACCCGAGGCGCCAAAGGUGCCUGAUAACCCUCUAUACGAAAAUUGGCAUGAGAUAUCGUCUAAAGAACGCAAGAAGCGAGAAAAACAGUUGAUACGUAAGGGACUGCCCAUUCCCGGCAAGGACUUCGAGCUUCCAUCGAACAAGCCCCCCGAAGAAGUCCCUGAACCAGUUGUUGAACCUGAACCGGUGCCUGAGCCUGAGCCUGAACCCGAACCCGAACAGAAACCUGCCGAAGAGAGCUCCUGGGGAAUUUGGGGGCCAGUAAAGGACAAGAAAAAGAAGAAGAAGGGCAGGGAUAUUGAAGAACCUCCCCCACGUGCGCCGACACCUCCUGCUCAGGGCUUAACCCCAGACCCCGAAGCUUUCCAUGACAAUGCCGAUGACAUUUGGGCGGAAGUAGCCCCUAAAACCUCCAAGGGCACAAAGAAAACCACGAAAGCCAUCGAAGCCCCGAAAGAGGAAAAAGCCUCUCAAGGCUUCUGGUCGACCCUGACUGGGGGUUCUAGCAGCAAAAGCAAAACAACGAAGAAGGCAGAUGAAACGGCCAAGGUGAAAGAGGAGGAGGAAGACCUUCUUAUUGACGUUGGAGAAAAUCCUCCAGAGCCUGAACCUGAACCUGAGCCUGAACCUGAGCCUGAACCUGAGCCUAAACCUGAGCCUGAACCCGAACCAGAACCCGAAUCAGAACCCGAACCGGCGCCUGAACCCGAAAAAAUAUCGAAGCCUAAGGCUUCCAAGCUCAGUGUUGCUGAACGUAUCAAGGCCCUGGAGCUCGCCAGGAAGGAGAAGGCAAAGGCAGAAAAGGCUAGCUCGAAGAGCAAAUCCAAAGAAAAGAAGGUCGAACCGGAACCGGAGCCAGAACCUCCUAUAGAGGAACGUGCUCCAACGAAGAAAAGCUCAAGAACAAAGUCUAAGACAGCAGAAGCUCUUGAGUCUCAAGAAAGGAAAUUCUCUAAGGACUCUAUCCCUGGAAGCUUCCCAGACUUUGGAGAUGAUCCUGAGCCCAAGCCCAAGCCUGAACCCGAACCCGAGCCAGAGCCAGUGGUUGAGCCCGAGCCGGAACCCGUGCCACCGGCCCCAGAUCUUUCAAAAAUGUCGAAAAAGGAACUGAAGAAGUAUAAAAAGGCAGAAGCAGAAAAAGCUGCCGCCGCAGCCGCAGCGGCCGCUGCCAGGGAACCAACCCCACCUCCUGAGGAAAUACCUGCGCUAGAACCAGAGCCAGAGCCUGAGCCUGAGCCUGAGCCCGUAGCCGACGAGCCAGAAGAGAAGGAUGAAGAUGCUUCUGCCGCGCCUCCACCAGAGCCUGCCGAAGAACCUCCAAAAUCAUCUAAGAAGGACCGAGCACGCGGUGAAAAGAAUACGAACACCAUAUCAUGGGGCUUUUGGGGGGCUGCGCCGCCCCCAAAGAAGUCGAGUAAGAAGGAAAACACGACACAGGAGGAGGAAGCAGAACCCCCGAAGAAGUUGAGGAAGGAAAACAAGAUUCAAGAGGAAGCAGAACCUCCAAGGAAGUUAAGUCAGAAGGAAGCAAAGAUUCAAGAGGAAGUAGAACCUCCAAAGAGAAAAGAGUCUACUGGAAAACCUCGACCCAAAGACCCCGAACCAGAAGUGGAAAGGUCUGCGUCUGACCGUGAGAAGCGGCGAGACCGUGAGGGGCGGUCCUCGAAGAACCAACGUGGCGUGGCCUUGGCCAAUAUGGUACUGGGUACACCCCAGUCCAAAAGCAAAUCCACUCGCAAAUCUGGUUCUUCGUCGAAACCCGUAUCCAGACGUCCAUCAAUUAAUCUAGAUGACAGAACUGCCGAUCUAGCACGUCCAGAUGAGAAGCGUGAGGUCUUUGACAAAGCAGCCAGGCUGAUGGGCAUGGACCCUCCCAAGUCUCGACGUGAGCGCCCGCGCGUAGACAGGCGGAGAUCAGUUCGAGAUCCGUAUGCGAUCGAGGACGAUGACCUCGUUGUGGUUGACAUGGAGGAUGCCGAGAGGAAUUCACCCAAGGAAGGCUCUAAGGGCUCAAGGCGCAGGUCAAGGAGACAGCCGCGGCACAGACCUGACGAGGACGAUGUUGUCCUGGUUGAUCCAUAUCAAGCACAUCCCACCGCAGAUAUUAUGUCAGGCCCCGACGAUAUGGCAUUUUUCGAUGCUCCAAGAGAACGUCGCCUAAAGCGCUCCAACACCGCUCCGGUGAAGAAACAAGAGAGCGGUGGCUUCAUGGGGCUCUUCGAUUCUCUGAGAAAAGGCACACGCCCAGAUCGGCCAGAACGACCAGAGAUGCCCGACAGACGCAGGUCGCGGUCGUAUCGUGAUGACGACGGAAGACAUCCCCCAGAAAUGGAGCGCGACGGCGCUCGAAGAUCGCGUCGCGAAGAUCGACGCCGCGGAUCUGUCCGACCAGACACCGAAGGGUUCAUAGGCGACGCCGCCGGUGCAGCAGCGGGUGGCGAGACAGAAGCCGAUGAAGCGGAAGCUCGGCGCGCAGCACGACAUGCGCGGCGUGGAUCCCGCAAGGUACCUCCUGACUCUCGUGAAACCGAAGUUCGGGAAGCAGAAGAGCGGCGCGCGAGGCGAAAAGAACGAGCGCGCGAGCAACGUGCUCGUGAAGAGGAAGAGGAAGAACCUGCGCGCGAGGAACGUCGUGCUCGAGAAGAGCAGGCUGCUCGUGAAGCCCAAGCCCAAGCUGCAGCCGAAGCUAAGGCUGCAGAACGCCGCGAGCGCCGGCGAAUGCGCGAAGAGGAAAUGAUCGCCGCGAGAACGAGCCGGCGUCGUGAACGUGAGCAAAGGAUCCCUGUUGAGGUCUUUCCUGAUGAGCGUGAGGUCGACCGUCGAGGAACCCGUACCUCUCGCCCGUAUGAAGACCCGAACGCUCGUCGUCGCAGGUCUAAGGUGGCCCCUGAGUUAACUCGGGAGCCGCUCAUGACUGGUGCGUUGAAUCGUGGCGGGAGUGCGAAAGACAAAAUUUCCUCGUGGGUUUACUCGCAAAGUGAUGAGCCUCCGGAGCCACCGCAGAUAGUCCCUACUCUUAUUGAUCUGCCUCCUCUUGCAGGCGAUGAAGGUGACAAUGCUCAUUCUCAUUCUCUUUCAUCGGAUGAGGAAGCUCGUCGUGUUCUUCGCCGCAAGGCCCACCGCCGUGCUAAGUACGAGGAAGAAGAGAUUGAUGAUGCUCGUCCUCGGCAUCAUAAUUCGCGUCGUGAAGGUGUGAAGAGCAGCUCUGGAAGUGGUGAUCAUGAACGUGACCGUGAGAUAAAGCCCGCUCCGCCCAGUGCGGAUGCUAAGAAGCCCACCAGUUGGUUCCGCAAAUUGACGAACCUGUAA